AUGGAAGGAUUAACUGGAGACGAUAUUUACCACUGGUGUCAGAGGAAGGGGGUAAACCCCCAAAAGUGUAUUGGAGUAGGAGGAGAGUUAACGGAAACUUCGGAUGACACUGUGUUAAGAAAAGUGAGUACCCUGUACGGAGUAAUAAGACCAAAUAUAGUGGACAACUGGGAUGACGAAGCAGGAAGAAAGAUUGCUGUCUUGGUUGAAACGGAUAAAGAAUUGGACGUGAAUUUGAUACCAUUAAUGAUAAUAGCUGAUGAAGAAACAGGAAGAAGAUGGUCCAUAAUUGGUCCUAAUAUCAGAGAAGAAAAUAUCACCAGUAUACCCAUCUCGGGCGUGAUCUCACCACAGGGAGUAGACAAAGGAGAAGCUAGUGGAAAUGGACACACUGCUACAAAUGUAAAUGGUGGACAAUUCGAGACCAUGGUAGAUAGGGUGGUCUCCCAACUUGAGAGAUGGCAUUAUGAAGGGAGUUAUCGGAGGUUGAGGAUCUUUUCUGGUAUUGUACCCAUACCCACCGGAGAAGAACCAUAUGAAUCAUGGAAAGAAGCCGCCGUUCAACAAGCAGAGGAAUGGCAAUGUCCUGAUAAAAUAAAGAGACAACGAGUGGUGGAGAGUCUACGAGGCCCAGCCAUGGGGAUAAUACAAGCAGCCAGGAGAAGUAAUCCAAAUGCCAAUCUGGAAACCUACCUCGAGGCCUUGGAUUAUGCGUAUGGUACUAUGGAAGAUGUAGGGGAUCUGUUAUCCAGAUUACACCACACGUUUCAAGAGCCUAGUGAGAAACUGAGCGCUUAUGUUAUAAGAAUAGAUAAACUACUGUAUUAG